AUGAGCGAGGAUUGCGCAAACCCUCUGUUGCUAGGCUGGAUCAAGGAGUGGCUCGAUCAAGCCCGUGAGCGGAACAGCAAAGGCGUGACUGUUUACAAAAAGGCCUACGAGUCAAUGAAAGCAUGCCCGUUGGAAUUCCAACACCCAUCGCAAGCACAGCAAUUGAAUGGACUAGGUCCUAAGCUAUGCGAUCGUUUAACGGACAAACUGAAGGCAUAUUGUGGGGAACAUGGUUUGCCUAUGCCAGAGCCUCCUGGUCAAGGCAACAAGAGAACAUCCGAUACCGGUGUUGCAGACCAACCUGCUAAGAAGCCCCGCAAAGCUAAGCCAUAUGUUCCAGCUCUACGAUCCGGUGCAUAUGCGCUUGGCUACCAUGGGAGAAAAUGCUUCACAGGAAUGACCAAGUCCCGCCUAGUAGAAGUGGCUCAACCGUACUGUGACAGCUCUUUCACGGCUCCUACGGACCCAACGAAAUUCUACACCGCAUGGAAUUCCAUGAAGACGCUGAUCCAGAAGGAUCUGGUCUACGAACAUGGCCGCCCUCUUAGGAAAUAUGCUCUCUCCGAGGAUGGCUGGGAGGUUGCCAAACGCAUUCAGAAGACUCUCCCUGGAUCUUCUGAGAGUAUGAUGCCCUUUGCAGGUAAUCAGGCAUCCACCUCGCAACAGACUACAGCUCAGAAUGACGACGAUGACGACGAGUCCGAGACACCACAACACAUCUUAGGCUUGGCUGCCAAUACCGAAGGUCCUACCGAGCCCGUUAUUCUACCCCCAGGCAGCUUCACGAUUCAAUUGGUACUCGAUACGCGAGAAGUGCGCACUUCCACAGAUCGCGACUACAUCGCCAACGAGCUCAUGAAACAAGGCAUCACUCCGCAAGUGCGGGCCCUGGAACUUGGCGACGUUAUGUGGGUGGCCAAAUGCAACGAUCCAGCGUUCAUGUCGCGUCAUGGUGAGGAGGGCGAUGAAGUGAUGCUAGACUGGAUCAUCGAACGAAAACGCCUAGAUGAUCUUAUCGGCUCCAUCAAAGAUGGCCGAUUUCACGAGCAGAAGUUCCGUCUGCGCCGAUCUGGUAUCAAAAAUAUCAUCUACCUCGUCGAGGAAUUCACAGUCACUCACCCAGAUGCUGGGAGCGGGAGCGGGCCGAAGUACCACGAGAUGGUCGCUUCUGCAAUUGCUUCGACCCAAGUCGUCAAUGGGUAUUUCAUGAAAAAGACGAAAAACCUUGACGACUCUAUUCGAUAUCUGGCCCGUAUGACCCUGCUUCUUAGAAAGAUGUAUGGUGCUCAAGAGGCCCCCUCAAACGAAGAUAUGAGCUCUUGCCUACCCCCGAACACUCCAGACCCGAAAAAGGUUUCAUUCAUUCCAAGUCGACGACUGUCCUCCACACAAUCCUACCUGGCUCUUCUUGAUGAACUUCGCGCCAAAGAUCCUACCCUCACAUACGGCGUCACAUUUUCUACCUUCUCGGCGCUAACAUCGAAGUCCGACGUCUUAUCCCUCCGUGAUAUCUUCCUUAAAAUGCUCAUGUGUACUCGUGGCGUGAGCGGCGAAAAGGCGCUAGAAAUCCAGCGACGAUGGCAAACUCCUCGUGCAUUUGUCGAGGCAUACAUGGCUUUGGAGCCUCAAAAUCGAGAGACAAUGGUCUCCGAAAAACUGCAAUCUUUAGUGGGGAGGAAGAAGGUGGGCAAAGCCCAGAGCAAAAAAAUCGCAGAAAUCUGGGGCGAAGGCGGGAAAUGA